UUGUUAUUUUAUUUUCUGAAUUUCGUUAUUUGUAGUCUAAGCUUUUCCAUUUCGGCUUGAAUUUCCUAAAUUUCCAAAUGUGCCAGCCAAAGUCGCAAGCCGUAUGUGAGCUCCGGAAUUUGCCAUUGUCCGGCGAUAAAGAGCUGGAUGAACAGAUUAAAAAGUGGAUCAAAUGGGAUCGCAAUCCCGAUACGGUCAAGCAAAUUAUGCAGGCAGUCAAGAACCAAGAGUGGGAUACUCUGCGAUGCCGUCUAUGUAAUCGCAUUACCUUUGGCACGGCGGGUUUGCGCGCUGUCAUGCGAGCGGGCUUCGAUUCCAUGAAUGAGCUGAUUGUGGUGCAAACUGCGCAGGGUCUGAUGACUUAUUUGAAGGAUCAGUAUCCGGAACCGGCCACUUGGGCUGAUCAGGGCAUUGUCGUUGGCUUCGAUGCGCGUUACAAUAGCCAAAGAUUUGCCGAGCUCACUGCCAUUGUCUUUCUCAAUAACGGCUUUCGUGUCUUUCUGUUUAGGCGCUAUGUGGCCACGCCCUUUGUGCCGUAUACAGUGACACGCCUUAAUUGUUUGGCAGGCGUUAUGGUCACUGCCUCACACAAUCCCAAGCAGGACAAUGGCUACAAGGUCUAUUGGACCAAUGGAGCACAGAUAAUUCCACCACAAGAUGAGGGCAUACAGGAAGCUAUAAUGGAGCACUUGGAACCACGUGGCGACUCCUGGGACGAAACUGCGCUCUGUGCCAACGAUUUGCUGGAGGAUCCCUACAACGUCGUGCCCUCCUACUAUGAUGCCUUGAAGAAGGAAAUCUCUUGUCCGCUAAUGGAGAGCAAUGGCAAAUGUCCUUUGAGCUUUACCUAUACGGCCAUGCAUGGCGUGGGCUAUCCCUAUAUACAAAUGGCCUUUACCAAAGUGAACCACAAACCGGUGGUGCCAGUAACACAGCAAGUGGUGCCUGAUCCUGAGUUCAGCACCACGCCCACGCCCAAUCCUGAAGAGGGCAAGGAGUCAAUGGACUUGUCCAUAAAAACAGCCACCGAACAGAAGUGUGACAUCAUACUGGCCAACGAUCCGGAUGCAGAUCGUCUGGCCGUAGCCGAAAUAAGUGAGAAUAAAAAGUUUAAGCUCUUUACGGGCAACGAGCUGGGCGCACUGCUCGGCUGGUGGGCACUGGAGAACUUCAACAUGCGCAACUCUGGCGAGGACAUAAGCAAUUGCGUUAUGAUUGCCAGCACCGUUAGCUCCAAGAUCUUGCGGGCUAUGGCUGCCAUUGAGGGCUUUACUUUCCACGAGACCUUGACGGGCUUCAAGUGGAUGGGCAACAAGGCCAUUGAGCAGAAGCAGGCGGGCCGGAACGUGCUCUUUGCUUUCGAGGAAGCCAUUGGCUAUAUGAUGGGCACUACCGUCUACGACAAGGAUGGCAUCAGCGCUGCUGCGCAUGUGGCCACCAUGGCGUGUUAUCUGCGCAGCAAGAAGUGCAUGACGCUGCAGGAGAAGCUGCGCGACAUCUAUGAGACGUACGGCUUCCAUGACAGCAUCUGCUCCUACGUCAUUUGUCGCAGCCAAUCGACGAUUAAGAAGAUCUUCAAUCGUCUGCGCACCUUCGAUGACGGCCAGGAGAACACUUAUCCCACAUCCGUGCUCGAUGGCGACUACGAAAUCGAGCAUGUGCGAGAUCUCACCACGGGCUACGACAGCAGCACGUCGGAUAAGAAAGCCGUCCUGCCGGUCAGCAGCAGCACCCAAAUGAUUACGUUUACCUUUAAGAAUGGCGUGGUCAUUACUCUGCGCACCAGCGGCACGGAGCCCAAGAUGAAGUACUACGCCGAUAUCAGUGGCAGACCGGAGGACAAGCGUUGGGAGGUACUUUCCGCAACGCUCGCGCGUGUGACCGCCGCCGCUGUCGAUGAGUUCUAUCAGCCGGAGAAGAAUGGCUUGCAGCGCAAGUGCGAAUAAAUUUAUUAAUAUUCCUUUAAAAUGAAAUCACAAGGAAAUAAAAAUACAUUUUAAG